GUGCUUAAAUAGCAGUCAAGCCGACUGGCUGUGUCCGUGUGCAUCGAUAAUUUUAAUAUUAUAAUAUAAAAUUUACGUUUACGCAUAUAUCGAUCAAUCGUUACUACAAUCCGUCGAACAAAUUACAAAACAUUUUAUAACUUUUGAGUAGAUAUUUAACUGUUUGUAGUAUUAUAAUAGAUACGGUGUAUCCGAAUUGGUUCCGAAACGUCCGAAUUGGUUCCCGGUUUGUCCAUUGUAGGUAUAAACUAUAUGUAAAUUUACGUGGAUGUGAAAACCCUGACAAAAUGACCAAAUGGCCGUUGAUGAUGAUUAUACUGGCUCUCAUUAGCACGGUUCAAUGGCUUAAUUCAACAGCACAACGAACAAAAGACAAUAAUCCAUACUGGGAAGGGUAUUUAAGGUUUUCAGCAAGGAAUAGGCUUAUAAGAACACGUUUUUUUGAUCAAGAUACUACUGCAACUAUAGCCAACACAUCAAGUUAUAAGGAGGAUGAAAAAGAUGAACCUGUUAUAAGAGCAACAAAGUUGACCAAAAGAUCUAUUAAAACAAAAAUUUCACCAAUUGUUUUUCUAAAUCCAGUUUCAAUUAACAAAUUUAUACCAGAUCCACAAGUGAUGGAAAAAUGUUCAUUAAAUGAAACUUUUUGUGUGAAAGUUGAUGUUUAUCCAAAACAAUAUGCAUACGAUCUUUUUAGAAAAAGCAAAUAUAUGUCUACUUCUUAUUUUGGAAAUGAUACUGAAAAUAAUGAAAUACAGACAAGAAUAGCCAAUAGUAAUCUUGAAAAAUUCUGUGAAUCAAGAGAAGAACUUAUAUUUCCGCAAGCAGCUAUUACAAAAAAAGAUGAAUGGCGUUAUAUUGUACAAGACAUAAAUAUUAACAACACCAAUUUUAAACAAGGGAUACGAGUGGAGAUAUGCAAUGCUUAUUCUGGAGCGAAGUGCAAAUUUAAUGGACUUUUACCAUUAGGAUACACAACAACUUGUGUACAAAAAUAUAUCUAUAAAAAAUUGGUUGCCAUUAAAGAUUUUAAAGAAAUAUAUUAUGAAAGUUUUAAAUUACCAUCCUGUUGUGAGUGCAUGUAUAGUAAACCUGCAUAUAAUGACCAGAAGCUAGCGGAGCUAACUACGUGUUAAACAAGAAAAAUUAAAAAGGUUAAGAUACAUACACAAAAAUUAAAAUAUAUAUUUAAUCUGUAAAAUGAUAUAAUGUAAUUUAGAAACAAUGUGUAAAUAUGUAUACUCUUUAUUAAACAUUUGGUUGAUAUAAAUAACAUAUAAAAUAUUCAAAGUUGAAAAUGUAAUCUAAAAUAAAGUUAAGGUAACAGUGUUCAA